AUGAAGUCAUCCGGAUUAGCCGUCGCCGCGCUAUGGUGGUCUUUCAGAGCCAGCGCUGCUCCCACGCGAGCGCGGGCUGUGCCACCGGCUGAAUUCACCGCCAACCCGCAAGUCGGCCCUGGAGGGUCGAGGUUCAAGGACUCGCCGCACUUCCGCGUCUACGCGGCGUCGAGCGACGCCAUCGCGAACGACGCGCUCCAGACGCUCGAGUCGGCCUACGACUGCUUCGUGACGGUCCAGGGGUGGCGAUCCCCCGGCCUGUCGAUCCACCUAGCCAGCGACGACGGUCCCUGGUACAAGAUGAACGUCUACCAGGUGAGCAACCCGGGGUCCGGCGCGGCCGCUAACAUGGGGGCGGACGGCACCGCUGGGCUCAGCUACCUCAACGUCGGGCCGGAGUGGAUGAACGUGGCCUCGGUGACGGUCCACGAGUUCGGCCACUCGCUCACCUACGCCGAGCGCUACUGGAUCGACCAGGGGCGCACGGGGGCGUGGUGGGAGCCGAUGGCCAACUUCGUCGCCGACACGUUCCUCACGUCGCCGGCGUGCGCCGCGUCGCGGGCCAAGUUCGGGCAGCCAGAGGGCGACACCAUCAUCGACCUGGCGAAGGUCCUCGGCGACGCGCACCAGGUGCUCGUGGACGGGACGAGCGGCAGCGGGAACUACUACGAGGCGUGGCCCUUCUUCGCCUACAUCGCCAACAACCCAGACGGCUUCGGCGGGCUCGGCGCGGCCAACUUCACCAGCCUGUGGCGGCAGUACCAGCGCGGCAGCAACGAGACGCCGCUGCACGUCGUCGGGCGGCUCGCCGCGCCGGCCACCGCCCAGGCCGUCGUCGCGCGCUACUGGGCGCGCAUGGCGUACGUCGACAUCGGCCACGCGCAGGCGCGCGCGCUGUUCGACCGCACGCGCCGCGGCAUCGGCCACGCGAACCUCGACGCGCUGGGCGGCGGGCGGUACCGCGUCAAGGCGGCGCGGCAGCCGCGGUACAUGGGCGCGAACAUCGUGCCGCUGCAGGCGACGACGGGCGGCGCGGGCGCCGUCGGCGUGGCCGUCAGCGCCGACGCGCCGUUCUCGGCGGCGCUCGCGGUGCGGGCUGCCAGCGGCGCCGUGCGCUACGUCGACGCGGUGGGCGGCCGCGCCGAGGCGACGCUCGCCAGCGGCGAGGAGGCCAGCCUCGUCGUCGUCAACACCCCCGACACGCUCUACCUGUACGACCCCUUCGCGCUCAGCGCCGAGGUCAGCCGCGGCCUCAGCUACGAGGUCCAGAUCACGGGCGCGACGGCUUAG